AGAUCAACGAGCGCGGCCUUCAAGUUAUGGGUGAUCGGCCUGCAGGUUGGGCUUACGAGACAAUGUUACGGUGUUUAAUCUAUGCAUUUUAAUAUGUAGUUGCUCAUUGUUUUCCAAGGUUUCUGUUUUAUUGUUAAGUUAUGUAACUUCAACUUGCACAAGACAAAUCUUUUGCUGUGAUCUUCUAUCUAUGUAGGUCAACAGUUGCCAGUGCCCGUCCGGAUACCUCUGUCCAGUAUUCGUGCACAGACAAGGCCUCUCGGAAAUAUUGUCCCUGCCAACGUCCCUCGACCACCCAUGGUUAACCAGGUGUACUUGCUUCCUAAAUCUGGGAUAACUAAUAAUGUCCUUCCAAGUGCUCCGAGUGUGAUGCAAGUUAGGAGUUUGGCGGUUGGACAAACUGUACUCCAACCAAACGGUGUACUUGCUACCACUCCUGUUAUGCCAAGAGUUGUCACAUCUCAGUCGGGUUCCUCAACUAAAUUGGUGGGAUUUUUUAACCAAUUGUUAGAACUAUCAAAGAAUGUCUCAGCUAGCACUCAUAGCUCAGUAGCAACGCUAAUUCAAGCAUUAGUGGUGAGUUUUUAACUAAAUAAAUUCUAAAAUCACUUUACCUUAACAUCAUAUUUUGUAUAUUUUACAAUUCAGUGAUCGUGAACAGGUUUCGUUUCUAAACUGUGUAGCAUGUAAAUUGUAUGAGGGUUAACAAUGUUCUCCGAAUCCCUAAACUACGGUAGCUGGAGUAAGAUUUAAACCUGUAAUCUGCAUAUCUGUCGUUGCAUUCCGUUCCGAGGUUUUACACACUUCGGCGAGAGAUUUUUUGUCUUAGAAUCACACGUACUCAUUAGCUAUGCUAGACAUAUUCAAAUUGAAAUAGCUUUUAUAACCCCAAAAUAUUUAUGAUAUCCUUUCUUUAGAUAUUAACAUAGUGAUCUAUUAUUUAACGUUCAAAUAUCCGUCACAUUACACUGUUUUGACAAGCGAAAUGUAACUCAUCGACUUCAGAUACUCAAUUUUGAACUACAUUGGAUAGUAGGGCUAUUUCAACUAUCCGGUUACCUUAAUCAAAAUAGGUAAACCUACAAUUUAGUAACCGGAAGUUAAAUUUUUUUAAACAGUAGAUCACUACUACCUUCAAUCAUUUAAGCAGUGAUAUUAUAUUUUGAUAAAUAUUCAUUUAUGAUUCCGCAUUCAGUUCCGUGAACGAACAUCUCCGCUGUUUUAUCAAUCGAUCUUUUCAUUAUUACUUUUGACUUCAUGUGUCACAAGUUUUUACCAUUCACUUUGUUUAUAUAGAAUGGAGAACUUGAUGCCAGUUCGUUCAGUGCACAACUACGUAGCAAUCUUAAAAGUGCCAAUCCUGGUAUGGACCUCGCCCCAUUCAUAAAGGACAACAUAGAUUUACUUAGGAGAGAUCUAGCUAAUGGUGUCUGUCGUCUCCCAAACAUACAACCUCCCCCAAAAGAUCUGUUCACAGGUGUACCCACUGCAGUCCCUGUUUCGAUCGUAACAACAUUACCUACCCUAGGUCUUCAGCCCCGUCCUAAUGCUGCGGUUUCUACAACGCUAGUUUCUUCAACAGUACCCGCUGGCCCUCGCAUUACUCUGCCGACGAAUACAACUCCUCGCAUAGUAGGCACACUCAUGUCAUCAGUUUCGUCACCAGUUAUUCCAACUAGUCCUGUUACUGUUCCAACACCCCGAACACAACCCCCACUAUUGGCUCCUGCUCCUCCCCGGACAUGUAUUACGUCUGUCGUAAACUUUGAUGCAGCUUCAAGUUUUAACACCGGUACGAAAUAUCGUUUGGCUCAAUCUUUUAGUGGUGUUUCAUCUUCAACGUCUGUCGUAUCUAAUGCAACCGCCGCAACAGUGGUUUCGACACGUUUCACAUCGACUAUUAACGGUACGCGUCCGAACUACCAAAACCUGCGACCAAUUAUUGCUUCGUCCACUUCCACAGCAUUGGGUAUCAACUUAGCGUCGAUAAAAUCAGUUGCUGGUGUUUCUGCAUCCGUACCCCCUGUAAUUCGUGCUAAAUCUGGAUAUGCUAACACUUAUUCUCCUGGAAUUCUACCCGCUGUUCACAACAAAGUAGGCUCCAAUGUCCUAUCCUUGAAUGGAUCUACGGUAUUAAUAGAAGGUGUGGACCGAAAACAGAAUGACCUCUCGUUUUUGAGCGACGAUAUUCGUCACCCCGCUAUGUCACCUACGCGUGACAAUCCAUUUUUCCCAUCAGAAAAAGUUAAGGAAAUAUUAGAAACUCAUGGCAUAAAAACACUAACAGAAGAAUCUAUCGCGUGUCUCGCUCACGGUUUGCAAAUAUUCAUCAAAAAUAUUUUAUCAAAGUUGAGGAUUGUAGUAUCACAUCGUCUCGAUCGUUUAGGAGAGGAUUCUCGUUUGGUUCAAACAGAUCACACGCGUGAACAGUUGAGGUUUCUUCAGAAGUUGGAUGAGCAUGACCGAAUGAGGCAAUCAGAGUUAGAAAAGGAUCUAAUUUUGAAGGCUGCAAAAUCGCGUUCUCGAAAUGAAGAUCCUCAUCAAAUGCAGAUGAGGGAAAUGGCUCGACGGAUAGCGUCUGAAGAUUAUGAACGUGAAAAGCAACAUCAAGCCAAUCUUACAGCUCUUCACGCUAUCGGCCCACAACGCAAGCGUCGUCUAGAUACUUUAGAUGAAAUGGGCAACUCCAUUUCAACAGAUAUUUUGGGAGCCUCUCUUCCAACAAGAGAUGGUGUGACAAAUUUGGUGAGUGCCCUACCUGCUGCUACUGCUAAUCGCCUUUCUAUUGUCAGUGCCAGUCGACUAGGUUUGGUAACAUCAGGACCAAAUCUAACGCAACUCAAUUUAGAAGCUUUGCCGGCAAAUUCAAACUCAUUGGUCUCCGGUGUCGGUGGGACUGGUGAUAACAUGCCAAAUACAUCUGGAUUUUCAUUAGCACUCAGUCUCAGGGCACAUCGAGCAACUCUCAGAGAUAUGCAGGUCAUACUUUCUCGUACACCGAGGCUUCGUCGUACUCGUACUUACUAUAGGACGUAUUGGCGCUCUCAGCCUUAAGAGUCUUUUCUUUGUUUCUUAUUUUUAUUUUUGCAUAGACUUGAUUUCUGAUUGUAAUAUGAUUUAAUUACUAGUUGGCUAAUUUUCCUAAAACGUUCCAAACCUAACUUGUAUAAUAAAAUCUUUGUACAUUAUGACUUUUCGCAGUAGCCUACUUCGCUAGGCAUCUGGGGUUCUAUGUAUAUAUAUUUACACACACACCGUAAUAUUGUAUGAAAUGUGAUGUUAGUUCCAGAUUCUUUUUCUCUACUAAAUGUGAGAUUUCUUGUAUUUUUUCAUAACGCAUGUACAUUUACCAAUUCCAUGUAUACUUCGUUCGCUGUACAUAAUUUUCGACUAUCCUUUUCAGAAAAUAAUAAACCUGUUAUUUCUUUAGU